CAUCCUCAAAGAGUUUCAACCUCUUCCUAAUAGAUUUUUCAUUGCCUAUAAAAAUGCAGCCCUCCUUCAAUCCAAUUCAUUCCAAUUUUCGUUACCUUCUCUGCAUAUAUUUUGCAUACUUGGUGUUUGAUUGAGAGUGCGAAGCAUAGGUUUUGGUUCGUUAGGCAAGUUUAUUGUAGUGCUUCUUCAACUUGCGAAUGUCAUUUUAUUUUGAGAAAUAGACGUUAGCCAAAGAAAAAUAUUUUACUCAUUUUUAUAAUAGGUUAGAAAUCUUAAUUAUUUAUUGUAAUUAUUUUAUUUUUUAUAAGAAUUAUCUAUGACUUAUCUAUUUUUUGCAGGAUCAAUUUGAUUUACAAGGAGACCCUGUUGAUAUAGAGAAGGCAAUGAACACAAAAUUUGGUCUGAGAUUGAGUAACCAUACCUAUAGGCUGCACAAACAAUUCAUGGAGCUGAAGGAGGCUAAAGGGGAGGAGUAUGCAAGAAACCACCCACCAAAGAAUGUCGAUCCUACCAAGUGGAUAGAUCUUAUUGAUAAAAAGUGGAACACUAAAGAAUUUCUGGAACAAUCAAAGGCCAACAUCGCGCACAGAGAAAGGAUGUAUACAAAACAUAGGUGUGGUUCUAGGUCAAUCCCUGUUAGAGUAGAAAAAUUGGCACGAGAAAAGAAGAUGCUACCUGAUCUAGUAGAGUUGUACAAGCAAACUCACUAUAAUGAGUAAACACAUGAGUGGAUCUCAUCUCAAG